UACAGUUUUUAGCAAAUCCUGCUACUUUCGUUUUUUACUGCUUUUUACGCUUUAUCAACUGUUAAUUACCGCUAACUGACUUUUUUACGAGUUUCAUAAUCCCUGAACUGUAUCAUCAAACCAUGUAUUCCCAAACGAUCGUGUUCACCGCCGUGGUGUUCGCCUGCCUCGGCCUGGUCGUUGCCCAGUUCGGUAUUGGAAAUGUGGGCUUCGGCGGUCUUGGUGGUAUCGGCGGCGGACUUGGUGGUCUCGGCGGUGGUCUUGGCGGCAUCGGUGGAAUUGGAGGCCUUGGUGGAUACGGCGGUUUGGGAGCCGGUCUGGGUGCCAACACUGCCGGAUCGGGAUGGGGUGCCGCCGCCCAACCCACACAGAUGCUCCAGCCCAUGCAGCUUGCCAUGCCCGUGCAGACGUCCAGCGGAUGGGGUGCGCAGACUCAGCCGCAGGUCCAACUCCAACCGGUGCAGCUGACCAUGCCUAUCCAGAACACGGCCGCCAUUCCCACGCAACCCAUUGCUGCCGCUGCCACUCAGCCCAUUGCUGCACCUGUUGCCGCGACGGCGCCGAUUCAAGCCUUGGCCAUUCCUUCACAGAAUGCAGCCGGUUGGGGCUCAGUCUUAGGUCGAUAAACACUUGAUAUUUGUUUUUUUUGCCAAUAACUCUCGAUGGGCUGUUUUGAAGUUUUAUUUCUGCUUUACUUUUUUGACGCUGUAAUUUACAGCAAACUGAUCCCGGAAUCUAACAGUUUCUUAUUAGUUAUUUGAAGAAAUUAUUUACUAAACGCUUCAGUGAAUGAGUAACAUGAGUUAAUAAAGACGACUUCCACAUUUUACAAUGAUCGACAUUCCGAUAAACUAAAGGACAAAACAUCAAUGUUAUA